GGCCCGGCCCGGCUCGUUCGCGUCGCUGCCGUGCCAGGGAGCUGCCCCGCGGGCGGGCGCGGGGCCAGGAUGAGCUCCCCCGGCGCGGAGGGCGCGGGCAAGCCCCCGCAGUACCGCGUGGACCACCUGCUGAGCGCUGUGGAGAGCGAGCUGCAGGCGGGCAGCGAGAAGGGGGACCCCACGGAGCGGGAGCUGCGCGUGGCGCUGGAGGACAGCGAGCUGUGGCUGCGCUUCAAGGAGCUCACCAACGAGAUGAUCGUCACCAAGAACGGCAGGAGGAUGUUCCCGGUGCUGAAGGUCAGCGUGUCGGGGCUGGACCCCAACGCCAUGUACUCCUUCCUGCUGGACUUCGUGGCGGCCGACGGGCACCGCUGGAAGUACGUGAACGGGGAGUGGGUGCCGGGCGGGAAGCCGGAGCCGCAGGCGCCCAGCUGCGUCUACAUCCACCCCGACUCGCCCAACUUCGGCGCCCACUGGAUGAAGGCGCCUGUCUCCUUCAGCAAAGUCAAACUCACCAACAAGCUGAACGGCGGCGGGCAGAUCAUGUUGAACUCCCUGCACAAGUAUGAGCCACGGAUUCACAUAGUGCGAGUGGGUGGCCCGCAGCGGAUGAUCACCAGCCAUUCCUUCCCAGAAACCCAGUUUAUAGCUGUGACAGCCUACCAGAACGAGGAGAUCACAGCUUUAAAAAUUAAAUACAAUCCGUUUGCAAAGGCAUUUCUUGAUGCAAAAGAAAGAAGUGAUCACAAAGACAUGAUGGAGGAAGUGGGGGACAACCAGCAGUCUGGGUAUUCACAGUUAGGUAGCUGGCUCAUUCCUGGGAGUGGGACUCUGUGCCCACCUGCCAAUCCUCACACCCAGUUUGGAGCCCCCCUGUCGCUGUCCCCUGCCCACAGCUGUGAGAGGUACUCGUCACUGAGGAACCACCGGCCUGCGCCCUACGCCAGCCCCUACACACACAGGAACAACUCGCCAACAGCCUAUGCUGACAACUCCUCUGCCUGCCUAUCCAUGCUGCAGUCCCAUGACAACUGGUCUUCUCUGGGAGUUACCACACACACAGCCAUGCUGCCCAUGGGGCACAGCACUGGCACAGCUACCAGCUCCAGUCAGUACCCCAACCUGUGGUCUGUGAGUAACAGCACCAUCACGCCGGUGUCCCAGCCGAGCGGGAUGUCCAACGGGCUGAGCUCCCAGUUCCUGCGUGGCUCUCCAGGACACUACUCCGCUCUGCCCCACCCGGUGCCAGCGGCCUCCUCCGCCUCUCCCCUGUACGACGGCGCGGCGCCCGCAGACCUGCCCGAUAGCCAGUAUGACACCUCUGCACAUGCCAGGCUGGCAUCCACGUGGACACCUGUCACCUCCCCUUCCAUGUAAACCCAGAGACACCCUCUUCCUCUGAGACACUUUUAGCUACUGAAUUACUUUAGAUGCUUGAUCCUCAAGGAGGAGAAAGAGGAGAUGCGAAGGAAACGGCAACCAAAAAGCAUCUGCACUGCUCUGCAUAGAGCAUCCACAUUAUACCUCUUAUAGUGAACAGUGCAUCACUGACUUCAUGUAGAGUUUACAAACCUGGUGAGUGUGCAAUUCUGAGAGCAGAUUCACUGCUUUUAAUAUUUUUUUCUUU